UUAGCCCAGGCAAGAAUGCAUUCUUUCUAAGUUAGUCAUCCCAUCAAUUAUAAAAAUAAUAAAUCUCUCACACUAGUCUCCUUUGCGAGACCUAAGAAAAUACCAUUCUGUGAUAGGUCCCGCUGUUUUUGAUCAUUUGAAAUACACCUACAUUUUACUCUUCAAAACUCAAUUUUGUUCUUCAAAAGUUUAAAAUAGCCUAAUGUUGAAAUGUUAUUUCUAAACCAAGGUCAACCUAGAGAAUGCGUAGGCUAUCUGUAAUGCCAUAAUAAACACUGACAAAAUAUCUGCAGCUGUAUUAAAGUAUCAAGCUUUCAGUGUGUAGUAUGUUUUCUUCUCAGGUGUUUGUUGUCGUCAACCACCCAAAUAAGGAUCAUAAACCAUGGCCUCCUCUAUCACCACUGCAAAUGGAGUUGUGAUCGUGACACAGGUGUUCCCCUUGGGGGAGACUGGCAAGGCUUCAGUGCCACUUCUGAAUGUCACUCCCCAAAUCCAGAGUGCGCCCCCUGCUAUGCCACUGCCGACCACUAAAGUGUCAGAGAUGACAAGGGUGUUCCUGCAGGUUCAGCCACAAUCUCUCGGGAUUGUGCAGAUCAUCCUUGGAUUGGUGUGCAUGGUGGUGAGCCUGUCUGCUCUUCUGUCCCCUACCCUGUAUGACCAGGCCCCUCUCUUCAUGGGAGUUGCUUUUGUCCUCUCUGGAUCUCUCACUGUGGCUGCCCGGAAAGGAACAGGUUUGAGUCUGAUUAAAGGGACUCUGGCUGUGAAUAUUUUCAGUGUUCUUGUGGCCCUGGCUGGGGUUGCAUAUAUUUGCAUGCUGCUGACUGUAAAACAUGAAGAUGGUUUCUGCACCCCAACUGAUGGAAACUAUACUUCAGAUUCCAACCAGAACAGGAUACGGGAAUGCACAACAAUGGUUAGGACAAUAGAUAAAGUCUUGAAUGGGGUAAAGGGCCUACUGCUGGUCCUGACGGUGAUGGAGCUCUGUGUGGCUCUCACUGUCUGCGUCUUCUCUGGGAAAGCCAUUCACCUCCGUGGGCACUACAGCCUGAGCAAUGGCCGUGGCCGGGGGAUGGUGGUGGUAGAGACUGGUACUGACCCCGUCAGAGCCAGCCAGGCCUCCCUGAGCGACAGUGAUGUGGCUUUACUGGGCAGUGCUGAAAACUCUGACAACCCGGCUCCACUGUACUCUCCUUGAGGCAGAACCAUGCCAUACACCUCACCCUACUUCUUACAACACGUAUUGCAUUGUAGUAUACCCUAUGUACUCAUGUGUGGCUCUUAUUUGAAUUCGUUAUUUCACAAUUGCUUACCUAAACUGUGCAUGAAGAUUAUCAUUAGAAAGUGUGACGCCAUUGCGAAUGUGUCAGAUGUUUUGUCAUCAAUGUGAACAGUCAUGUGUCAUGAUGGGUUUUGUCUUGAUGAAUGCAUUAAUCUGUAGUGCUUCCUAAUUUAUCUAGUAGUACUAUUAUUCUUCAUUUCUUUGCUAUUUCAUAUUACUGGAGAGUUGAUUAUCUUGAUUUCUGACAGUGUAUCAUUCUUCUUUCAUUCAAUAAAUUGAAUAUUUCCUCUUCAA